CCUUUUUUUUGUUUCAAGUCGCGUUCUUGUUUCAUCUCACAGAGAGCGAGAUCACGGGCUUGGUUGACUGCCUUGACAAAAAAAAACCCCCGAGCGAGCGACUGAGCGACUGAGCGACUGAGACUUUUGUUGAUCCCGCGAACAAUGUCGUCGUCGUCGCGAUCGUCGUCGUCGUGGUCGUCGUCGGGCGCUGUCUCGGCGCAGUCAGAUCGGCACUCACAGGUCGUGAUUGGCACUGCAAUGCGACCGCUCGUCGACGAGAGCAACCACCUCGUCACUGCAAAGCCAUUGCCAGCGCACCAGCAGAUCGCGGUGGACAGCCAGGGCAGACGGCGCUUCCACGGUGCAUUCACGGGAGGCUUCUCUGCUGGCUAUUACAACACUGUCGGAUCAAAGGAAGGUUGGGCUCCAUCCACAUUCACAUCGUCUCGCAAUGCCAAGGCCGAGCAGCGAAUUCAAAGACCCGAGGACUUUAUGGACGAAGAGGACUUGGUGGAGUCUGGGGUGGGUGCAGUUGCAACGACGGAGCUGUUUGCGAACAACGCCGGCAAGCGAGGUCUGAGCGACAUGCUGGGCUCGCGUGACGAUGCUGCGGGACUGCCCUCGAUUAUCGCUCCUCUCGCAAACAUGAUUGUGCCAACAAAGAGCGCCCUUGGAUAUCAACUGCUCAAAGCUAUGGGUUGGCAAGAAGGCCAACUAGUGGGCCGCGUACACAACGCGAAAUCAGCGCCACCCCAAGGCGACAAUUCGACGUCCAUGGAUUGGCGACCAGAUUCGUCGUCAAAGCCAGCAUCCGCCAGCGCGACGUUUUCUUCGCUGGUGGAUACGACCAACAUGUCUGUCGAUGAAAUCAAACAGGCUCACCGGAUGGCAACGGCGAUCGCGCAAGACCUUGGUGCAGAUGAAGAAGACGCGGACGACGACGCGGACGAGCAGCCAGACAUUUUCAAGAGGCCGACGGCCGCCAAUUCUUCAGCGGCAGCGGCGCGUUCAAAGCGGGGAGGGAUGAUGGCAGCAUCUGUCUCCAAACCAGCCGAUCGGCCACGGCGUCUUGCUGCGCACAUGAGCAUUGACGACGAUGAUGAGAACGACGCCGGGGAUAACCUCCCUUCACUGCGAACGUCGCAGGUGGCUGACUCGUUUCACUCCCGACGGUCUACUCUUUACGCCAUGAACGACGAUGAAAACGAGGAGGCUGACGCUAUGGAUGUCGUCGACCUUCGGUCAAGCGGAGGCGCAGAGGAUGCUUCCGAGUCCGCCUCCGCGCACGACUUGAAAGCCCUCACCCAGCUGCAUCGCCAGUCCUUUGCACAGGCAGGUGUCGAGACUCCAUUGUUUGACUACAAGGCGAAGGACAAUACUUGCGGUUUGGGCUACGUUCCAGCAUCGUCGUUGGCUCUUGCUCGAGCGGGCAUCAGCAUCCCACAGGCCUCCAUCGACAACCCCAAUCGCCCACAAGUGGGACUCACCGAUGGACGACCACCCGUGUCCGGCUUUGUGAUGGCUGUUCGAGCAGCACCAGCACUCAAGUCCUUCCCGCCUCCGUCGCUCCCACGCAACUUUGUUCCAAUGCACAAAUUCCCCGUUGCAGCGCCUACGAAAAACGCGCGCACGCCCGAUGACCCUUUGAGCAAAGAUGCACAGUCGUUGCCGGCCACCCACAAUUUACCAGCUCAAUUCGGAUCCACCAGCAGCAGGGGGGUGCCAGUGUCUGCCGCCCCCAGCGCUCCAGCAGCUCCCGUUCCUGCCCCGCUUCUCACACCGGACGAAAGAGGAGCGAUGCUGGGCGCAGAUCGCCUGGCGGCGGCAAACAAUGUAAGCGCCAAGGGGUCGGUUUUCCACCACGUAAGCAUGGCCGACACGUUGCGCUUGCAAGCCCUCCAACAAGAGAUGCAACAAAAGCAGCAGCAGCAGCAGCAGCAGCAGCAACAUCAAGCCGCUCCCGUUGCCAAGUCUGCCAUCACAUCAGCCAAUCUGCUGUCGUUCACUCCAGCAGCCUCGGCCCUGUCAAAGUUUGUUUCCGCCUCCACCACUGCUACUGCCGAGACCGCACCACCGCAGCCACCGCAGCAACCGCCACCAGCAGCAGCAGCAAUUGCGGCUCGAUCCCAUGGGGUUGUUGCUCCUGGAGUGGCCAAAGCGGCGCUUGCUUCGGAAUUCCGCCCGUUCGACCUGUUUCCUGGCAAGCAGAUGCGUUAUCAAGCGUACCUCAACCUGGUUGCAGCGGCAGCGUCGGAGGAUGCUGCGGCACUCGUCCGCCCUCCAAAGGACCUUGCGUUAUCCGAGGCAGAGCGUGAGCGCGAGCUCGAUGAGUUUUGCCGGGCUGCGAACAUGUUCCGGCCAAUGUCGUCGGUCAUGGCAAACCGGUUUACGUCUUCCGGCUUAUCGUUGGGCAACGAGCCCGUUGUUUCUAAGAGCGAUAGCGCAUCGGCGCCGCCAAAGGCCGGUGACGACCAGUCGUCUCGAAAGGCACGCCCCACUAUUCAGCUCAAGCGUUCGCGAGAGCAAUGGGUGCCCGUGCCGCUCGUCUGCAAGCGGUUUAAUGUCCCCAAUCCACACCCGGGCAAAGCCCCGGGUGGCGACGAUGCCUCGGCAGCCUCUUCUUCGGGCACAAGUGGCGGAUUUUCAGUGUUGAACUGGCAGCCGCCAGGCACCGCUGCCCCAGCGAGCAACUCCCAACAGCAGCAGUCGGGAGUGAGCUCAACCGGCAUCACAGCAGCUGGGCUGUUGUCCAUGCCGUUGGCUCCACAGUAUGCCAACGCCGUUCUUCCGGCUGGCUCAGGGAGGUCUGCUUCACCGCCACCUCCUCUCGUCAUGCCGUUGGGCGAUCCGCUUGCGGCCCAGCAAGAGGCUGACAGGCCGUCCAUGGAUUUGUUCAAGGCCAUAUUCGACGCCUCUGACGACGAAGAUGAAGAGGAAUUGCGCGAGAAGCGGCGCGAAGAGAGCCAGCGGCAGGCUGCUGCCGAGUUGGCCGAGCAGGUGAAAAUCCAGACCGAGCUAUUCCGUCCCCCGCCGCCGCCGAUGGUGACACACCAUGCUGCAGCUUCUUCGCUGGGCCAGAGCGCGUCGCAACCUUCUAUAUCUGGUCGUGCACAAUCGGUUGCAGACCCGCACAGUGAUUCUGGUGACGAGCAAGGCCCACCCAUCUCGUUGUACCGUCCGCCAUCUCCGAAAGAAUCGCAAAGCUCAAGCUCGGCGACGCGGCCACUUUUAAAAGACUCCAAAGCCUCCUCGACUCUGUCAUCAUCUUCUUCUUCAUCCUCGUCGUCGUCGGCAUCUUCAGCAGACGAUUCUUCGGACGACAACGAUUCUGAUCGGGAGCAUCGCUCGGAAGCUCGCAGGGAACGGAGCAAGCAGAGCCGAAGCUCGGAGCAAAGGUCGCACAAACGGGACAGAGACGGUGAGCGCAAGCACCACAAACACCGCAAGCACAGCAAACACAGCAAGCACAGUAAGCACAGCAAACACCACAAGCACCACAAGUCUCGCCAUGACCGCGAUGAUGGCGACCGAGAGCGCGAUCGAACUCGAGAGAGCGACCGCAGCGGUCAUCGCGAGCGAAGCAGCAGCAGCAGCAACAGCAGCCGCCGCCAUGAUCGCGAUCGUGACCGAGAUGAUGCGCGACGUCACGAGCGGAGCUACGACGAGCACCACAAAAGUAGCCGUCGUGCUGAGAGUGACUACAAGUCGGACUCGGGCUCUCGAACUGGUUUAGGCAUGGAGCCGCAACAAGCUUCCCGAUCUCUGCCUCCGCCACAACAGGGCAGUGCUGUUGCAGACCCUCUUGCACCCUCGUCCAGAACGGCGGCGUCACGACCUAGCGCCAGCGACUUUAUGUAGCAUUGUUUGAAAACACCCAUUGCAAUGUAGCAGCUGAAUACUCAAAAAUGACAAAAACCUCGA